CCAGCUCCCACCCCGCCACCCCCCGGUGGGGAGGGGGCGCAGCAGCCGCGUUUCCCCCUCCCCAAAGCCCCCCCAAGCCCCCCCCCGCCCUCCGGGGGUGUCCCCAGGCGCCACCGCCACCGCCACACGUGUCCCGUGCGGUGACCCUGGUGCCGCCUGUCGCUUUCCCCACGCGGUGACAGCGGGGGGCAGCCCGGAGAGACCCCCCCCAACCCCGGGGGGGCUUCGGGGUGACCCCAACCCCGCGCUGUCCCCCAGCUUUAGGCGGGAUCCGGCCCCAUGAGCCCCCCCGCGCUCCUCCUGGCCGUGCUGGGGCUGCUCCUGCCGGGGGUCGCGGGGGCCGCGGGGACCCCGGCGCUGCUCCCGGAGGACGCGGCGCAGGAGCACGGCUACUACCUGCGGCAGCUCUUCGGGCAGUACGGGCACAACGGGACGCUGCCCUCCGAGGGGCUGGCGCGGCUGCUGGGCAGCCUGGGGCUGGGCAGGGUGCAGGUGGUCCAGAUCCAGCACGAGGAGCUGGGCCACGGCCACGCAGCCACCCUGGACCUGCUGGAGGUGCAGCAGGACAAGCACCGGCACCGGCACCCGCUGCGGGAGCACGGCCCCGACGCGGCUCCGAGCACCGCCGGACCCCCCAGGUACCCCGGGGCCCCCCCGCCCUCGCAGACGCCGAGCUGGCCCCAGCCGGUGCCCGCCGAGCCCCCCGCGGCUGCGGGGGUCCCCCGGCAGCACCAGCCCACCCUCAGCCUGCUGGGGAGGGUGCUGGGCUUGGAGCACUCCAGCGACCACCCGCACCACGAUUGCCUGAACGUGAGCCAGCUGCUGGUGAAUUUCGGGCUGGACUCGGCGGCGCAGCUGACCCCGGAGCAGUUCACGCUGCUGUGCCCCGCGCUGCUCUACCAGAUCGACAGCCGCGUCUGCAUCCGGCACCGCGAUGAGGUGACGCUGCCCCCCCCCGGGGGGCUCCCUGCGGUGCCCGCAGCGCUGGGCUGGGCGCUGCUGGCCGUGCUCUCCGUGAGCCUCCCGUCCGCGCUGGCCGUGCUGCUGCUCCCGCUGCGGGCCCGCGGCUCCUUCCGCUCGCUCCUCGCCUUCCUGGUGGCCCUGGCCGUGGGGACGCUCUGCGGGGACGCCCUGCUGCACCUCUGGCCGCACGUAGGUCCCUCCCGCCGCGGGGCUGGCACCGGGCACGCCGCGGGCUCCCGCCGAGCCCCGCCGUGCUGCAGGGGCUGGCGGUGCUGGGGGGGCAUCUACCUGCUCUUCGUGCUGGAGCUGCUCCUGGGGAUGCUGCGGCGCCGGCGGAAGGCCACGGGACGCCCCCAUGGAGAGACCCCCGCGGGGGGUCCCGGCACCGUCACCGGCAGCCCCCCCGGGGACCCCCCCCACGGACACUCCCACGGCCCCGCGCUGCCCCCCGGGCCCGGCGCCGCCGACAUCGCGUGGAUGGUGGUGCUGGGGGACGGCGUGCACAACCUGACCGACGGGCUGGCCAUCGGAGCCGCCUUCUCUCACAGCCUCUCCAGCGGGCUCAGCACAGCGCUGGCCGUGCUCUGCCACGAGCUGCCCCACGAGCUCGGUGACGUGGCGGUGCUGCUGCGGGCGGGCACGGCCCCGCGCUCCCUCCUGCUCCUCAAUCUGCUCUCGGCGCUGCUCUCCGCCCUGGGGGCGGCGGCGGGGGUGGCCCUGGCUCACAGCGGGACCCCCCUCGCCCCCUGGCUCCUCACCGCCACCGCCGGCAUCUUCCUCUACGUGGCCCUGGCCGACAUGCUCCCCGAGGCGCUGCGCGGCUCCGGCGAGGGCACCUGGAGGCGCCUGGCGCUGCAGAACGCGGGGUUCCUGCUGGGCGCGGGCACCAUGCUGGGCAUCGCCCUGGCCGAGGGGCACCUCCGCUCCUGGCUGCAGCCCUGAGCCCCCCCGCGACCCCCGCCCCUCCCAGCCUCGGGCUUUGCACCCUCCUCAAGAAACCGCGGGGCCGGGGCAGCCCCGGGGGAGGGGGCGCGGGGUCCCCUCGGUGCCCCCCGACCCUUCCCGGGGUCCCCUCUGUGCCCCCCGACCCCUCCCGGGGUCCCCUCCGUGCCCCCCGACCCCUCCCGGGGUCCCCUCUGUGCCCCCCGAC